AGCCCAAUCGUCAAACCAACUCAACGGAAAUUAUUCGCCGGAACUUUUGCCGUAACCUUUUCGUCAGCCAAACCAGCACCAUUAAAGGUAGUAUCAGCUACGAAGCUUGAUACCGUUGCGAAGAGAAAGUCUCCACGAGCAUCACAGAGUUUACGGAAUCGAAUUCCGAGCUCAGACGAGGGAGAAACAAGGCCGGGAAGUUGGUACGCGAGUUUCUUCGUUUGACGUCCAAACGACGAACCGUUUUCGCCUACAGGACCGUAGAAUCAAGGAGAAUUUUUAGGAGCCAAUCUCU